AUGUGGGUGUACAAUCCAAGAGAAGAGAUUGAGUUUGAGAAGGGCCAAUUAUUCACCAAUGUGGAUUCCUUUAGAGCAGUUUUGAAGGAUUCUGUCAUCCAAAAGGGAUUUCCAGUAGUAAGAUUGAAGAAUGAGAAAACUAGAGUGACAGCUAUUUGUGGUAUAGAUGGUUGCAAAUGGAGAAUUCAUGCAAGUCCUGUGGUUGAUUUUAUCACUUUUAUGAUUAAAUCUUACCAACCUGAAUACACUUGUGUGAUGGAUAAAAGUAAUGUAGAAGCCACGUCAGAUUGGAUUGCAAAGAAGUUGGUGCCUUUGGUGAGAGAUCAUCCUAACAUAUCUAGCCAGGGCAUAGAAGCAGAGAUGAUAACUAAGUAUGGUAUUAAACCAAGUUACAUACAGCUUUUUAGAGAAAAAAAGAAAGCAGAAGAGGAGAUUCAAGGAAACUUCAAUGAUUCUUAUGGCAAAUUACCAAAGCCAUUCAUUGGCUUUGAUGGCUGUCACUUGAAGGGUCCCUUUGGUGGUGUUUUACUCACAGCAGUGGCCUUAGAUGGGAAUGAUAGUAUAUUUUCAAUUGCAUUUGCUGUAGCUGAAUGUGAAAACAAGGAAACAUGGAGCUGGUUCUUUCACUUUUUUGAGGAGUUUUUUGGACCAUUCAAUAGCCACUUACCUUUAACCUUUAUGAGUGAUAGGCAAAAGGGCUUAACCUUGCUUAUGAGGAGAUUUUUCCAAAUACUAGUGGUAGAUAUUGUUGCAGGCACAUUUGCAGCAACUUCAAGCAGCAAAUUUCCAGGCAUGCUACUUAAUAGUUUCUUGUGGAAGGCAGCAAAGAGUUAUGAUCAGAUAAGUCACAAUGAAGCAAUGUCAACCAUUAAAGACAUCAACAUACAGGCUUGA